GCGAGGGCGGCGGCGGCGGCGGCGGCGAGGACGGGCGCGAAGGCGAGCUUCCGGUACGGCGACAUCGUCAUGGACGUCGUGGACCAGCGCGACCACGAGGCAGUCAUCCGCGCGGCAGACACGGCGGAGCGGCGCCACGUCAAGGAGAUCCGCGGCAUGGCGCUGCAGAUGCAGUGGAUGCAGGCGCGGUGGGAGCGCGAGGCCAAGCUACGUAACGACGCCGCGUUCGCCAAGAAGUUCGUCGCCCUGCAGCUCGAGGUCGCGGAGGCUUGCAACAAGGCGGACCUGCGCAUCCUACGGAGCAUCCACAAGCAGCUCGGUAUCAAGUCGCCAGACGCGCUGCUUGCGUCAUCUCGGAAGCGGCUGAAUCAGCAGUCAUCGUCUUCUUCCUCCCCCCCCCCUUCGGCCGUCGAGGCCGCGAGACGGCAGAGCACCGGGCCCAAAGCGCGGCUGCGCGUGUUCGCGAGCGUGCUCCGGGCCGUGGCGCGGAUGCGGAUCAGCGCGCGGGAGUGGGCGCAGCAGGAGCGCACGCGGCGCCGGCUCGUGGACGCGUGGGAAGAGAGCCGGCGGAACGGCGCGGCGGUGGUGGAUUUGGGGCCGGAGUAAGGGAUAAGAGAUAGCGGAGACGAAAGCAGGGAGAAAGGGAGGAGGCAGGUACCACGGUUGCUUUUCUCUCUCGCUCUGAGGACGGCCAAGGGCAACUCGGGAAGGGGGGGGAGAUAGGAGGAAGAGAAAAAUGUUUCCCUUUUUUUUUAACACCUACAUGCAUUCAGCCAAGGGAUGGCGGACCGUUUCGGGCUGGCGUUGGUUAUUAUAGGAUUGUCGGCAUGUCUGUAGGGCUACGCCCACGAGCUAUGCUCAGCGUGCGCCGGGCUCGGGCCGGACGCGCGCCCCAGGACAGGCAGGGGCACGUAGAAAAGGGUGCAGGCGGUGAAUGUGAAGUAUGGUAACGGACUUGUGGCCGGCGGUUGAUCCUGUAGCUUGCGCUGCUUAUUAGUCGCUUUCUGCUUCUCUCUUCGUGUGGCGGGCAUGGCAACACGUGAAGGUGAUGGGGGCGUGAAGAUGGCGCGAGGAACACAUCCGUCCACCCACCCACCCACACGUUAGGUACACACAAUACAUAACAUCGGCACAAA